AUGAUUGCCACGGAAGAACUUGAGAAAUACCCCGAGGGCGGUAAAGAUGCCUGGCUGGUCGUUGCUGGUGCAUGGUGCGCUAUGAUCCCAUCGAUGGGGCUUCUCAACACUUUGGCUGUUCUCCAGGCCUGGGUCACGGAGUAUGAAUUACAAGGGCUACCGGAGUCAACGAUUGGUUGGGUAUUCAGCACCUAUGCAUUUUUCCUGUACUUCUGUGGUGCUCAGGUUGAGUUCUACCAAUUCUUUCUUACCUUUGGCGUUCUCGGUGGCAUGUCUGCCUCACUCCUCUUUAACCCGAGCAUUUCCGCCAUUGGCCACUGGUUCUCCGAGCGACGAGCCCUCGCGACCGGUAUUGCUUGCACCGCCGGAGGUGUUGGGGGCGUUAUAUUUCCGCUCAUUAUCCUUUACCUUGCCCCACGCGUGGGAUUUGCCUGGGCAUUGAGGACAGUCGGAUUCAUCUGUCUCGCAGUAUCCGUGUUGGCUUGUCUGCUUCUCAAGAAGAGGCUACCGCCGAACAAGAAAGCCGGAGCUGCCAUAGACAUCGCGGCGCUGCGAGACGCAAAGUUCGCCUUGACAACACUGGCCGUUUUUCUGAUUGAAUUUGCCGUUUUCAUACCUUACACCUACAUAUGUUCUUACGCCAUCCACGAGGGUAUGGGUCUGCAAAAGUCGUUACUUCUGAACGCGAUUCUCAACGUUGGUGCCAUACCGGGGCGUGCCCUGCCGGGUUACGUCGCUGAUCGCUUUGGACCUUUCAACGUUAUGUGCGUGACGGCUCUCGUAUGCUCAACUUUCGUAUUCGCUCUUUGGAUGAACGCACAGGGAGGAGAGGCCGCGACCACGGCAUUUGCUAUUCUUUAUGGGUUCUGGUCGGGCGCUGCUAUUAGCUUGACUCCUGUGUGCAUCGGUAGAGUGUGUGAGACGAAGGACUACGGCAAAAGGAGUGGAACUGCAUUCUCCAUCUCGAGCAUCGCCGCGUUGGUAGGCGUGCCAUUUGCGGGAGCUAUCCUGCAAUGGUGUGGCGGUGCAUACUAUGGGGUGAUCAUCUUCGCAGGUGGCCUGUACGUACUCGCGUUGGUGGCCUUCAUUAUUGCGAGAGGCGUCGCCGGUGGCUGGGCCUUCACACUACUUUAUUGA